AUGCCUGGUCUAACGACACGCGACUCCUUCGUUCUCAAGUCACUCUUCGACCCAGAAGCCACCGCAUCCCCUACAAAGCAUGCCUCAUCACAGACAUCACUGCCGGGAAUGGCGGAAGAUCAGUUCUCUGAGCGCAGAUCGACUGAACUUCAAAUCAUCUCACAGCUGCAAAACGACACUUCAAGUCCAGAGACUGUUCAGAAAGCAAUCCAAGAUCUAUCAUCAUUGAUCAAGGAGUCGCCAGGCUACGCCUCUGCGUACAUAAACCGCGCACAAGCAAGCCGACUACUCAUUCCGACCGGCGAUCUCUUUACAUACAACCAUGCCGAAGCAAGUGGACAGUUGCUCGAAGACCUUCAGAAGGGCAUUCAGCUCGCCGGACCCACCAACACAAACCAACAACUCUCAACCCAUCAGUCUACUGUUCUUGCAGCUGCUUACACACACCGCGGCUUCCUGCUACUCAAGAUCGCCGACAUCAUCCGCAAAAGCGAGCAAGUUCAUGGUGUCAGCGACACACUUCAAUCGGCUUCUGCGGAAAGUGUCGAGGAGCAAGCAAGCAAGGACUUUGCUGCUGGAGGCCAAUAUGGAAGCAAGGAAGCACGCGAGAUGGCUGUGAGAACCAACCCAUACGCCAAAAUGUGCGGUGCUAUCGUCAAGGAGGCAUUGAAGAAGGAAACUGAGGAGUGGAAGGCAGGUCAGCUUUGCUGA